GUGAACCAGAGCUCAACCUUCUCCACGCUGAUGCUCUACAGCGCCUGGUUGUCCUGUCCCAUGGUCAUGGCCAAGAGUGUGGUUUCAUCCCUGAUGUGAAACCACCACUUCCAGGGAACACAUCCCAGCUGGUGUGGGAGUGUGUAGCUGGACACAGCUUCUCCUGGGGUGUCCCUGGGACAACUGGGGACUGUACCCCCACAACUGACCAUCAUGGUGAGGAACAAGGAGAAGGUUUAGGGUGUAGCUCCUCACCGGUGACCGGUCGCCGACGCUCACUCCGACAAGCAGGGUUGGCUGCUGAGUCCACCUCCAGGAAGGAUGAAGCUCAUCCAGAAGAAGCAGCUCGGUCACCCAUGGGUGAUGGUGACCAGCAAGAAGAUCCAAGAGCUGGUAGUGAUGAUGGUGAUGAUGGCAACGUAGCUCCUCAAGUGUCAACAGAGACAGGGACCACGGCAAAAGAUCACGAGAGCCCAUCCACCUUGGAGGAGAAAGCAGAGCAAGAGGUUGAGCCCCAAGAAGAAGAGGAAGAAGAGGAGGAUGAAGACUUUGCCGAGGAUGAUGACCUCACGUACACCGAUGAUCUGCGUGAUGAGAACUACCACCCAUCUCUGGACAGCGACUCUGAGCCACAGCGACGACAAAACCAGACCAAAGCUCGUAAGAAACCCGUAAAGGAGGAGCAGCCCCAACAUGAGUUGAACCUCCCCAGCUCCAGCCCAUCGGAGGAGAAGACUGGACGAGUCAG